GAAUUAUUAGGAGACACUUAUACUCCAACAGAUUACAAUAAAGUUCAAGAUCAUAAGCUACUAGAUAUUAAAGAUCUUGAUAUUGUCAUUGAAGAAUUAACAACAAAUCAACACUUGCCCUGUGCUGUAUGGCGUAGACUAGGUCUACAGUUAGGAUUAUACCAUAAGCCUAGACUAGUGGAUAUAGAUGAGAAGCAUGGAGGAGAUCCAGUAAAAUGCUUUUAUGAGUGUAUGUCUGCCUGGUUAAGAGAAGAAGAUAAAGUGAGAGAGAAAGGACGUCCCAGUUGGUCAUCAUUAGCUACAGCACUGGAUACAAUAAAAGAGAAACCUAUUGCUAGUUACAUUAGAGAUAAAUAUUGUAGUGCUUCCUCACAGCUAAUUAUAUGUGAAUAUUCAUUGUAACUGCUAUUAGUUUUUAUGCUUAUGUAAUGUGGCUACUCGUAGGUGUUAAAAGUAAUGUUUUUCCAAACAAAAAGUUGAUAAGAAGAG